AUGGUCUUAUUUGUUGCUUUGAUCUGCACGGGACUCAGCCUUGAACUCAAGCGUGUCCAAGUUGUAACGCGUCACGGGGCCAGGACAACUUUAAACCCAUUUCCGGCUGAGACAGAGGACUGGAUCUGCGAUGGAAUCGGAACCAUUGCCUUUUCCACUCUGCAGGCAGGGUCCACAGCACAUACAAAGCAUUUCUUGGCUGUAUAUAACACACCGCAUCCCACUCUUAAGGGUGGUUCGUGCAUUCAGGGCAUACUCACGAGGGAGGGUCGACUUCAGCAUGAGCAAUUGGGCAAGGCUUUUCGACAAAAGUACGGCGACUUCUUUCCCCGCAGGUUUGUGCAGGAGGCAUUUUAUAUUCGAUCUACCAACUAUGAAAGAACAAAGCAAUCCGCUAUGAGCUUCUUAAUAGGCAUGUAUCCAGAGCUGGGCCAAGGGUCUUAUCACGAUGGUCACCAGAUAACUAUGCCGGCUAUUCACAUAGCGGAGACAGAUGACUGGUUGGAACUUAUGGACUGUCCGUCAAUGGAUAAGGCCAAGAAGUAUUUUUCCAGAGAUCCGGACUAUGUGCAGUUGCUGGAGCUUCAUCAAGAGUCGCAACAGCGCUUGAGUAGGCUUGCUGGAUUUAAUGAAACAGUGGGCUGGGGCGUUCUCCGUGACAAUCUUAUUGCUCGCACAACCAUGGGCAUUCCCCUGAUGAAGGGCUUUACAGAGGUUGACGUCGAAGAGUCUCGCGAACUGCACGACGCUAAGUACAGGCUUGUGUACUGCCGCUCUGAUCUGGAGGAAAGGAAGAAGUAUCUCCGUCCUGCCAUCGGGAGGCUCUUGAAGCUCUUGACCACUGAAAUGAGCGACGAGCAGAGGGUGGAGAAACUCCUGCUGUACUCGGCACACGAUACCACCCUGGCUCCGUUGAUGGGUGCCCUUACCGACCCAAGCAAGUACGAUUGUGCCCAGCCAGAUUAUGCAUCAUCAGUGACUUUUGAGCUUUAUCAGCAUGAAAAUGACCGAUACGUACGUCUCCUCUAUAAUAGCAAACCAUUUGUCCCGCCCUUCUGUGCCUCGAUUACAAUAGGCGAUAUCGACAGCUUAUGUCUGUUCGACGAUUAUGUUGCAGGCGUUUCCGAGUUCUACAGUAUAGACUUUGAGGAGGAGUGCUACCACACUCAGUGGCCUGACGCUCAGGAGAUCAAAGCGAACUGA